GAGUGUGAUGAACUGAAUUUUGUGGAUCUAUCGCGCAAAAUACAGUGAUGUCCGACAAAGAUUUCCCCUUACAAAAGAAUUUGCCUAUCAGUAGUUUACCAAAUGAUCAUCAAAAUGUACAAUAUUUAGAAGAUGGUACAAUUGAAGUCACUGAUACAUUAUCAAAAGAAGAAUAUUACAAAAGUUUACGCCGUCGUUGUACUACAGGCAAUAGUCAAAAUACAAGACAAUAUGGAUUAUCUAGUCAAUUGAGCCUAGAAACUUCUCAAUGUGGUACAUUACGUUCUGGAUUUGGUAAACGUAAAGGUACAUUACAUGAUUUCAAACCGUCUGGAAAAGAAGAACUAUGUUAUAUUCUCAUGUUAGAAGGAGUAGAAAAAACAUAUACCAUAGAUAAAAAUGCUCAUGGGAUUCAUUUAUUUGAAAAAGUUUGCAAACAAUUAGAUUUACAAGAAACUGAAUAUUUUGGCUUGACAUAUCGAACUAGUUUACGUGUAGAUAAUUGGCUGAAACUUGAUAAACGUAUAGCUAAACAAUUAGAAAAAAUACCAUGGAAACUAGAAUUUCGUGUUCGAUUCUAUCCACCAAAUAUUGAUAUAUUCAAAGAUGAUUUAACGCGUUAUUUUUUGUGUUUACAAUUAAGGCAAGAUAUUAUCUCUGGACAGAUUCCAUGUUCACAUCAUACUUAUGUUGUUCUUGGUGCAUAUGUUGUUCAAUCAGAUGCUGGAGAUUAUGAUCCAAAUACACAUAUAGGAACAGAAUAUAUUGCCAAUAUUCCAUUUGCACCACAACAAUUACAAACUACAAAAAUGCUUCAACAAAUUGUUGAAUUACAUAAACUUCAUAAAGGACAAAGUUUAGUUCAGGCUGAUCGAGGAUUUUUGGAAAAUGCCAGACGACUUUCACUUUAUGGAGUUGAGUUUCACAGGGCAAAAACGAUUGCGGGCGAAAGUAUAUGUUUAGGUGUAUAUCAUGGUGGAAUAUUACUUUAUCAUGGGAUGUUAAGGGUUAAUCGGUUUUUGUGGCCUCAAAUUGUAAAAAUAUUGUACAAAUCAAAAAAUUUCAUUAUUGUCGUUAGAUCAAUGCAUAGUGAAACUUUGAGUAAACGUGGAACUCUAAGAAGAACAUUAUCACCUGGUGGUUUGAAAGUAUCUGAUAAAAAGUUCAGUGGUUCUGAGUCCAUUCAUGAUGUAACACUGACUUUUCAGUGUACAGAUCCCCGUUUGGCCAAAAGAUUAUGGGAUUCUUGUACUUCGCAACAUGCAUUUUUCCGUUUACGUGAUACACCAGGACCCCAAAGAUCUAAUCUUACAACAGCUUUCAGUACGCGAAAAUAUCAUUUUACAAGUAAAUCAUUCGAUGCAUAUUCAAGAGAACCUAGUUCAGAAUGGAUUCCACGACAACAGCCUCCAAUUAAGCGAGUACAAACUCAAAGAAAGCCGAUUCAGUACAAAUCUCCUUCAGCUAGUCCAUCAAAACAACAACACCAAGUAUCUGGUAGUGUUGCACCAGUUGCUUAUGGAGAAGAACCUGAUCAGUAUUAUUUGAUGCCUGGUACACCUUCUCCUUUACCAGCUAAUUCAGUAAAUGUUGAUGUUUUGCAAAAUUUACCACCAUCUUACCGUAAACCAGGUCCAAUUCGAGUACCUCUACCAGAAGAUCACUGGCAAAUGUCAGCAGCUGAUUGUACACAAGGAUUAGGAAGAAAUAUUGAUGGAACAGACAUAGCAGCAAUGCCAGAAACAGAAUGGCAAGGUUGCCGUACAAAUUGGGGUUUAAAAGGUCCAGGAGCUUAUUACUACGAAGCAUGUAUGCUUGAAGAAGGUCAAGUACGUUUAGGUUGGUCAACAAAUGAUGCUAGCCUAAUUCUCGGGACAGAUUCCAAAGGCUUUGGUUAUGGAGCUGAUAAAACAGGUAUUGGAUCAGCUGAUAAUCCUCAUCCAGUUGGCAAAUUUAUCUACGCAAAUAAUUCAAUUGAUUACGGAAUGCCAAUCGUACCAGGAGAUGUAGUUGGAUGUUAUUUAGAAUUAAAUCCGAGUGCUGAUAAAGAUCAUCGACGAAUCGAUAUACACUAUAGUUACAAUGGCCAAUUAUUAGAAACUCCAAACUUUAAACUUGUUGAAACAUUAACUCCAGAUAUAGCACUCUUCCCUGCCGUAUCACUUAAAAAUGCCAGAGUUGAAGUAAACUUUGGUGACAAGCCAUUUAAUUUUCCACCUAAAACUACCCCUUCGACUAAUAAACAUUGGGUAGCAGUAUCAUACGCCCCCGAUUCUUCAAUUGUAUGUAAUCGGAAUGUUGGUUGGCGGGUGAACCCAAAUGAUGUAACAUCAAGUACAAAUUUAUUAGUUUCACCUAAUGGUCGAUUUGUACAAGCUGUAGAAAAUACCGGAUGGCAAGGCUUUAGAGUGAACAAAGGAAUAUUUGGUGAUAGAGCUUAUUACUAUGAAGUGAGAAUUGUUGAAGACUCUGGAUUAGCACGUAUUGGUUGGUCAUUUGAAAAUGGAUCAUUAGAUCUUGGUAUAGAUUGUUUUGGUUUUGGAUAUGGAGCUGAUCGAGAUGGUUUUGGUAUAAAUGGAUCACAAGGGAAAAAACUUCAUAGUGAUAUCAUUGAAAAUUAUGGUGAAGCCUUCCGUAAAGAUGAUGUAAUUGGUUGUUUUCUUGAUCUGAGUAACGGAAUAAUACAAUGGUCAAAAAAUAAUCGCUUAUUUGGUCCUGCUUAUGAAAUUGACAAAAAAUUAUUGAAAAACAAUGAACCUAUCUAUCCUGCAGCUUCUUUGGUCGAUACUACUUUAGAAUUAAAUUAUGGUGACUUACCAUUUAAAUAUCCACCAGAAGACGAUUGGACUCCAUUAUUUGCAGCUUCAGACGAAUAUGUAUUCGAAUCACCAAAAUGGCCUAGUCCAAAUACGGUCAAACACAACAGUCACUCAAGAAAACAUUUAGUUACUCAUAAUACAAAGACAGAAGUAUAUACUGAAGAUCAGAAAGAAAUCAGUCUAAAUUCAAUCAGUGACACAUAUGGUCAUUCUACAAUAAUAAAUAAUAAUCUUAGCAGUGAUAACAACAAUGUAAAAAGUAGCAGCCCAAGUAAACUAGAAGAUAUUCCUGUAGAAUCAAUACGUAUAGAAUCCCCUUCAUCAAGUGAUCAGCAAGAAGAUGAAGUAAGAAUGUUUCUGGAAACUUGUGAACCAAUUACUGAAAGUCAUUUUGAUGCCUUAUAUAACACUUAUACAAAUCAUCCGUCUACGGAGCGAUCUGAAUCACAAAUGAAAACAAAACCCAAUGGAACAUAUCACCGUAAUCAUAUAUCAAAUUUUCACGCUGAUAUUGUAAGUGAGGUUAUUUUACUUCUGUGGAAUACACCCAUUUUGGCAAUAAUUGGGACAUAAAAUGAGAUUCUGAAAACGUUCUGACUUGUAUUUUUAAGUCAGAUAAUGAUUGAGUAGAUUUAAGUCAUAUAUUCAUUGUACAACAUUUUCUAACAAAUCUGAAAUGUGUGAAAACAAUUUUAUCAUAAAGAGAUGAAUAAAUGGCAACAUGUUUAUUUACUCAUAAACUCUUCCGUAAAACUUUUUAUUAGUAAUCCCACCAUAAUUUUGUAUUGUCUCUAUACGAGUCAUACUACUUUAAAUCAGCAAGUAGUACAAAUAGUUUUAUGAAUUUAAUAUUAUCAGUAUGGGGAUUGUGUAGAUUGUCGUAUUUUCACAGUUUGAAUUACGAUUUAAUCUAAGCCAUACCAUUGUUGAAAACCUGAAAGCACUGGACGGCCGUUUUAUCUUAGUGUGGAAUUCCUUAUCAGUGAGCACCCACAAUUCUGGACGCAUGACUCGAACCCGGGACCUUCGGUCCCGCACGUGAACGCUUAACCUCUAGAUCAUUGAGCCGGCAUUCAACGGCGUUGGAGCCCAACCCGUGUCAGGUAUGUGAUAGUUAUUUACCUCAAACAAUGGAUAAAGGGUUAGGCAAGAUCAUGGAUCGAUUGAAGUUAGAUAUUAACACCACUGGAUCCCGGCUCAGUAGUCUGAGGUUAGGCGUUCACAAGCGAGACCGAAAAUCCUGGGUUUGAGUCCAUUGUACAGGAUCGCGAACAGGCACUACUGAGGAGUCUCAUACUGGGGCGAAACUAACAUCCGGUGCUUCCAGGUUUUGAAUAGUGGUCUAGCUUAGAUCAACUCGUGAUUUCAACUGUGUAAACUUAAUAAUACUCAUGGAUGCGUCAGUUGAUCUAUAGAAUAUACUGAUUUUCGGACAAAUUUAAAUUCCAUAUACACUUUUUUGAAUAAGUGUUCAUGAUAUUUUUAUUUUGAAAACUGAUCACUCGUGCAUUAUUUAAAAUACUCGAACAAUUAUUAAGGGCGAUUUCUUGACUGACAUCAGGUGGUCAUUAAGAUGAUAACCACUCUCUUUUCCAUCUUCACGCUUGAUGAGGUUGAAGUUUAGUAAGUGUAUAUACUCUUGUCAUAGAGGCACUACCGCGCUUCAGCCACACAAUUUAUCCGAUGAAAAUUAUAUAAUUGAUACAGUAAUACUUAGAAGAACAAGUUGAAUUAUGUUUCAUUAACAACAGGCUAAGUUUCCAAGUAUAAACCUAUUCUGAAAAUUUUGCUUGUUAUUUGGGUUACAGAUUUGCCGAAAGUGUAAUCACUGAAAGAUAAUUUUAAAAAAAUAGUAAGUAUCAAAUCAUCAGUAACCAAAAUAUUACAGUGACCAGUCUCUGAGUGUGCAACUCGAAUUUUACUAGUAUCGCACAAAUUUUCCUCACUUGUUGUGUUUAGAUAGUUUCUUUUGGAAGAUCAGAUUUUGAAACUAAAAUUUUAGUGCGUGUUGGUUCAUACUAUUCUUAAUUUCAUAUGAAGUUACUCAUUGAUGCAAUCUAUCUCUUUCAUGAACGAUGCUAAGGUUGGCUACAAUAUAGUAGGUAACCAUUAUAAUCAUUACUGAAAAUAUAUUCAUAUUAAUCAACUUUUAAGAAUUUAGAUAUUUUCCUUGGUUUCCUCUUCCUAAUUUUUUUGGCAAAAACAGAUUACUCCUACAUGUGUCGAUUCUGAAUUUCAUCAAAGUUCCACAACGUUGAUAGACUCUGAUCUUGCACUAGAAGAAGCCAUUCUACAGACUACACAUUUAAAUCCACAUACGGCAGUCCUAACGAACACAUUGGAUUCAUAUACAAAUAAUAAUAAAAGUAAUCAUAAAUGAUCCUCUUAUUGAAUUGAGUAACAAAUCAACGUUGAGAAUCACUUCCAUCAUUCCAAUAAUAAAUCAUCUUAACUAGAAUAAAAAACGACUUUUUUUUAUAUCG